GUUCAGCCCUCCGUCGCGCAGCCCGGCCAUGGGUAUGCAGUGCGACGAGUUACUGAGCGGCCUCCAGCGGCGGGCAGGUGGCCACACACCGUCUCAGCCCGCCCCGCAGGGCGAGGCGAAGCCGAAGAAGGAGAAGGUAGAGAAGGUGGCGAAGGAGAAGCCGACCUGGGGUGAGCCAGGCGCCAAGAAGGCCAAGGAAGCCAAGGCGAAGGCGAAGCCCGCCGUGGAAGAGCCCAUCGUAGUGACGCCGCACGGCGACAAGAAGGACAUGAGCCUGCCGAUGGCAGCAGCCUACAACCCAAAAGCCGUGGAGUCCGCUUGGAGUGCCUGGUGGGAGAAGAGGCAUUUCUUCACUCCUGAUCCCAAGGCCAGCCAGGGAGCCUGCGAGUCCAAGCGCUUCAUCAUGGUGAUCCCACCUCCGAAUGUGACUGGGAAGCUCCACCUGGGACACACGCUGACUGGUGCCAUUGAGGAUGCCCUGACCCGGUGGCACCGGAUGUGCGGCAAUGUCGCCCUCUAUGUGCCCGGCGUGGACCACGCCGGCAUCGCCACGCAGAGCGUGGUGGAACGGCGGCUUCUCAAGGAGGAGAAGAAGACCCGGCACGACCUCGGUCGCGAAGAGUUCCUCAAACGCGUGUGGGCUUGGAAGGAGAUGAACGCAGGGCACAUCAAGAAACAGCUGCAGAGAAUCGCUUCGUCAGUGGACUGGACCCGAGAGAGGUUCACAAUGGACGACCGGUGCGCCCGCGCAGUGGAAGAGGCCUUUAUCCGCUUCCAUGAGCGGGGGCUCAUCUACCGGGACAACCGACUCGUGAACUGGUGCCCCCACCUCCGGACGGCCCUCUCGGAUCUCGAAGUGGAUCACGAAGACAUCACGGGAAAAACCCUCGUGGAUGUGCCCGGCCUGAAGGACAAGGUAGAGGUGGGCGUGCUCUGUGAGUUCAAGUACAUGGUGAAGGGCACCAAGGAGGCCCUGACGGUGGCCACGACCCGUCUGGAGACGAUGCUCGGCGACACGGCCGUGGCUGUGCACCCCGAGGAUGACCGGUACAAGGCAUUCCACGGCAAAGAGCUCGAGCAUCCGUUCUUCCCAGAUCGAAAAAUGGUGGUGAUCGCAGACACCAUGGUGGACCGGGAGUUCGGCACUGGGUGCGUGAAGAUCACGCCGGCUCAUGACAACAACGACUUCAAGGCGGGCGUGCGACACAAGCUGCAGCAGAUCAACGUCUUCACCGAGGACGGGAGAAUCAACGAGAACGGCGGCGAGUUCAAGGGCCAACACCGCUUCGAGGCUCGACGCACUGUGGAGGAGGCCCUGAAGAAGAAGGACCUUUGGGUGGGGAAGAAGGGCCACUCCAUGCGCUUGGGGUUCUGCUCGCGGUCGAAAGACAUCAUCGAGCCUUACUUGAAGCCGCAGUGGUGGAUGAACUGCCAGGAUCUCGCAGAUCGGAGUGUGAAGGCCUUGAGAGAAGGUGAACUCAAGAUUCUGCCGGAAUUCCACCAUCAGACGUGGUAUCACUGGCUGGAGAACAUCCAGGAGUGGUGCAUUUCAAGGCAACUCUGGUGGGGCCACCGCAUCCCUGCCUACAAGGUGGUGAAGCCCGCUCAGGCCGAGGAGAAAUGGUUCACGGGCCGCAGCGCCCAGGAGGCCGCAGCCAAGGCCGAGAAGGCUCUCGGCACCAAGGUGGAAGUGGAGCAGGACGAGGAUGUGUUGGACACCUGGUUUUCCUCAGGUCUCUUCCCCUUCUCCGUCUUUGGCUGGCCCGACACCGAGAACAACGAG